AAACCUUUUAGAACAUGGUGCAUUUAUACUGUAUAUGCUUCAUAAAAAAAGAUCAACAGAAUUUUAACUGUAUUUUUAAAAACUAAAAUUUGUCAAUGCUAACAAACCAUCUUUUUUGUACCUUUCAAUUACAUAGAGUAAUUAAAUAGCAUACUAUCGAUAUUAGUAAGUGCACUAGCAUGUGUACAAAUAAUUGAAGUAAGUGUCAUGAUCAGAUGCAUAGGGGAGACCUAACCCAUGAUUAGCAUCAGUAUUGACUUGGUGGUCAUCCCCAGCCCUCCAGCUUUUAAGCUGCUCUGUUACCCUGUUAAUACCUCUAUCUUGUUCACUGCAGAAGUACCAGGAUGGCAGCAGGUAGCCUGGGGUUCCUGAUUGGUUUCCUCACCCUCCUCCACCUGACAGUCUGCGUAUCGACCAGCCCUCCCUGUGUGACCAGGAGAUGCCUUUCCCAAAAACUCAUAGACCAGGACAUCCUCAGCCAGCCGCAGACUGAAAACUGCACCGUGGAUGUCUUCCUGAAGCACAUCAUUUACCAAACAGUGGAUGUUAACACCAAGAAGCUUCUUUUCACCAGCACUCUCAAAGUGCAGAUGAUUUGGGAGGACCCAGUCCUGGCCUGGAACAUGUCGGAGUACCCACAUGACCAGGUGAUGCUGCCUGCCAAGAAGGUGUGGACUCCACACCUGUCGGUGAAGAACGCGGUGAGUUCAACGUUGGAGCACGACUCCAAAGAUCUGCUGGUGUUCAGCAAUGGCACCGUGGUACACCAGGUUCUCAUGAGCAUUGUCGUGGGCUGUGACAUCAACCUCUACUCCUACCCGUUCACCACGGACUCCUGCCCCGUUUACCUGGAUGGAAGAAACUCAAUGGGAUGUGGCAGCAUAAUUAACAUAGGGAAGAUAUACCCGAAAGGCAUCGAACGAGGAGACUGGCGCACGGAUUCAGUGGGCGACAUCAGAGACAAGAAGGGCUACACGUACCUCUGGGUGACGUUGAGCACCAGGUCGUUUAACCCCAUGGUGACGCUCAUCCUCCCCAGCAUUCUGAUCAUGCUGGCGGACGUCGCCAGCUUCUCCCUGCCUCUGGGCGGCGGGGAGCGCAACUCCUUCAAGGUCACGCUAGUCCUCAGCUUCAUCAUGUUCCUCAUCAUCCUCUCCGACAUCCUGCCCGGGGACAGCCUCUGCAGCCCUCUGAUCCGGUACCAUUUCUGCGUGUGCCUGAUCUGCCUGGUGAUCAGCAUGAUCCUGUCCAUGCUGCUGACCCGCCUGGGGGACGACGGCUCCUUCGUCCCGUUCAGCCUCCCCCGCUGGUGCUCCCAAAGGGACAAGCCGUCCCACGCGGAGGACAGCCCAAACGCUGCAGACUCCGAGCCGGAGGCGCCCGGCACCGGGACGGACCCGAAGGCGGAAGACGCAGCUCUCCAGAGAGUGGCGGAAUACCUGGAGGGCGUGACCGCACAAGAUCGGCUGGCACACAGCCGAAAGACCCUCGCCAACAAGCUGGACAAAAUCUGCUUCUGGAUCUACGUGCUGUUCUACAUCGUGUACGCAAUGGUCAUGGCGUACAUGAGCAAUUAUUACAUGUGCGCGGUGGACAACUUGGAAUUUUAACCAGGGGGAAAAUCUGUCACCUGAACGUGACACAAGCUAUUUAGUCUUCUCUUUUGGUUUUCUUUGCAUUUUGUCUAUAGAAAUGUGUUUGUGUUGCCAUAUUAAGAAUAUUUUAAAACCCAGAGAAACCUCACCACAUUAAAUUAUAUUCUGGUUUGCGAAAAGUC